AUGUCCGGCUGGGUCGAUCGGUCCAAGACCACCCAAUCGCCCAACUACCGCGGCUCAACCUCCUUUGCGACGUUCAUGAUCAUCGGGCCAACCUGCUUCUUCCUCGGCAUCCUCUUCGCCUCCUUCCCCUACGACUUCCCCCUCCUCUGGACCUCCGCCCCCGUCCCAGAAACCUUCUUCACCCACCUCGAAACCCACCUCAAAUUCAUGCACCAAUCCCCGCCCCUCAUCGGCCGCCUCCUCAACAUCAUCGUCUUCACCGGCUUCCUCGGCUUCUUCAUCAAACUCUUCCGCCCAUCAGAGGCAAACGUCCUCUUUGACGGCGCCUCCCUGGUCCUCUACCUCAUCGGCGUCGGCGUCUACAUCACCAACAUUGUCAAGGGUCUUCGCUCCGUGAGCGCGGGGAUCUGGGAUGACCCCAAUUUUACCGGGGAGGUGAAGGACGGUCCCGUCACGGGGGAGGUCAUCCUGGGAAAGGAGGAUAGCUUAAAGGUGCUGGCGGCGAGUAAUACCAUUUUGGCGCUCGUGUUGGUGGGUGUGUUGGUGUUGCAGGCUGGGCAGUGGUAUGCUGAGCGCAAGGACCGCGAGGACUUUGCGAAGCUUGAGAAGGAGGAGAAGGGGGCCAAGGGGUCUGCGAACAAGAAGAAGCAGUGA